AUGGCUCCACUUCAAAGUUUGUCUUGCUCUGAUCCUUCCAUAAGCAGAUUAGUCACAAUAUUAACAGCCACUUUUGCCAUCAUUCUCCCAUCCAUCAUUAUCACAGCUUUCUAUGUUCACAUUAUUAAUGCCAUCUUAAAAAUCAAGGGAGCUGAAGGGAAACAAAAAGCCUUUUCCACCUGUUCCUCUCACCUUAUUGUGUCCAGUCUCUUCUUUGGAUCAGCUCUUGUGGUGUACAGCAUACCUUCCAGAGGGGAAAAUGACAAAUUUCUUGCUCUUAUAUACACAGUUCUUACCCCUCUCCUAAAUCCCUUCAUUUAUACUUUUAGGAACAGUGAUGUGAAGAAAGCAGUAAAUAAAAUCUGUAUUAAAUAUGUUUAUCCUGUAGUCCAUAAGCCACAUUCAUAG